GCAAAUAUCGGUAAACCUUUAGGCCCGAAAGGAACUGAAAGGGGCUGAUUUUAUCAUGGUGUUUAUUGCUUUCCGCUCUUCAGUUUAUAAGCUCUUGUUUCGGUGUGACAUUCUCAGUUGAAGCAAUUGUUCACUUGCCCAGGUAUGCUCACGUACGUGUAAAUUUGUCCAAUGUGUUCGCUUGCGGUUUUUACGCACUUCCUAUUUGAAAGCCAACCAUUCACAGUAAGCAAAACAUUCUGUCGUUCAUCUCCCCGGGGACUACUACAUUAUUCUAAGAACUGAACUGCGGUAGUGGCAGUUGGCGACCUUACCGUUGCGCUGGCCCACUGGAAAGCAUAUCAGACCGAAACACAAUGACGGGAAUUCUCACCGCUGCCAUCGCUUUAACGAGCGUGCUUUAUGUAACAAUAACAGAAGUUUCCUCAGGAAAAUGCCAACGUCGAAUUUAUCAAGCGACAGGACAAUCUGGCACAAUAGAAUCACCUGGCUAUCCAAAAGACUACAGUCCACUUCAAACCUGCAUAUGGCGGAUCAGUGUGAACACAGGGUACCGGAUUCACAUUCAUUUUGACCCACGCUUUGACGUGACCAGGACAGCAGCGUGUAAAGACGAGUAUGUACUGGUCAGCACUCGAAGACAGAGAUUUAGUGAUUUUAAUGUUGUUCGAAACAGUAAAGAUUCAGUUGUGUUCUGUGGCAAUCAGAAGCCGAGCAACGUAAGUUCCCCUAGUAAUGAGAUGUGGGUACGCUUCAAGUCGAGGUCUGGUGGCCGGAAAGGUUUUAGAGCGUGGUAUGGGGCAGAAGAUAUUGAUGAGUGCUCGGAGCAGGCCAAUGGAGGCUGUCAUCAUGGCUGUGUGAAUACUCCAGGAAGUUUCAGAUGUAGCUGUCGAUCAGGGUUUCGUCUUGUGCCUAAUGGGAAAAGAUGCAUCGAGGACAUCUUGAUCUCCUUCUCCAAGAAGCGUUAUCGUUCAUCAGUUCAAGUCACAGCCCCUCUUGGUACGUCCAUUAUUACGGUGCGCGCCAGUGCUGGAAAAUCCAACCGUCCAGUCCAUUAUUACAUCUCAUCAGUGAACAGCAAGACUUACAAUGUUGAAAGCGCAUUGUUUGACAUCGACUCCACGAUAGGUACAAUUUCUGUUCGUCGUAAGCUCAAGAAGACAGCCCUUUAUCGCCUGAAAGUGGAGGCGCGCUAUAAUGACAUCACUUCCGGUUAUGCCACGGUCGUAGUAAGAGUUACUGCCGCACAGCAGAAGAAAACCCAGCCAGAAGCUAAGCGAGGUUUAAAAUUUCGCAGUCCUAUUUAUUCGGUCAUUAUUCCGUACAACAUGCUCGUCGGACAAACCAUACUACAUUUGAGGGCUGAGAAAAACAGAAGCUUCGUAAACUCCAUUGUACGAUACAGAGUGCAAUCGGUGGACCCCUUCCACAGAAAUCCCUUCUUCAGUCUUAAUCCCUCGAAAGGUUCCCUCAAAAUCACCAGGGAUCUAGCAGAACUCGUCUUAGAUGGUAAACCCACCAGCUUGGUGUUACAGGUUAUAGCCAGAGUUCAAGGCAAUCCAAAUGUGUUUGCGUCAACUCAGGUGUCAGUUGUCGUUGUUCCAGAGUACGCUGGUAAUGAUUACGUGAAGUCGUCACUAGAGGCUGUUAAGAAUAGGUCUUCCUUCACGGAGAGCUCUGACCGGCUGCGUUCCCAGAGGAAUGGUUCUUCUCCCGGUCAAUCAAAAUCACCGAGAGGUCAAACAGAGUUUUCUUUACACCGCAUAUUUCGGCGACCAUCCCGAGAAGCUCAGAGAAUGUCUCAAGCAGACUUACAAUUCAGCAACAUUAUUAGAGAAAUUAAACGAGAAAUGGCAGAUCAACUGAUCGAUAACCGUGCCCGAUCAAGUGCAGUAUCGGUGAGACUGGGACCGAGUUCUGUUGCCUCAGCCACAAAGUUAUCUGACAUUAUUAAAGAACUCAACUGUUCAGCGCCUGAAGCUGAAUGUUCAGACACUGAAUAUCAUUCACACUACAGAACAUUUGAUGGCACCUGUAACAAUCUGGACAACCCUCUGUGGGGUGCGGCAAACACUCCAUUUACCCGGAUGCUAGACCCACUUUACUAUGAUGUGAACGGCCUCUCGGAUCCCGCAGGAUUUCCCGAUCAGCCGUACGCGCCAGAGCUUCCUUCACCACACCGCGUAAGCAAAGAGUUUCUAAUUCACACCACAGAAGCCAGAGGAAACAAGAACCACUAUUCUCACAUGAUGAUGCAGUGGGGACAGUUCUUAGAUCACGACAUCUCUUUUACAGCAGAAAGUGAAGGAGGAGAGAGAUGCUUUUUACCAAAGUGUGAUGGUUCACCUGAGGAUUACGAGCCUCCUUGCUUUCCUAUCAUGUACCCGGAUGGCUCUGAGUGCACUAUGUUCACAAGGUCAGCGGCAGCCUGCCAAACUGACAGUGAAAACGUAGCGCCCCGUGAACAGCUUAAUACCAUCACAUCAUUUAUCGAUGGAUCGCAAAUAUAUGGUUCCAGUAGCGAGGUGGCAGAAAAUCUUAGAGAUUUUAAUUCAAAGAAAGGUUAUUUGAAAAUAACACGGCCGAGAUACCUUCUGCCUUUCGUCGAGUCACCUUUCAAGCCUCCUUUGAAUCUUUGCCAAUUGUUUGGUGGUUGUUUUAACGCCGGCGACUUCAGAGUCAAUGAGCAGAUUGCACUUGUAGCCAUGCACACCUUAUGGGUCAGAGAACACAACAGAAUAGCAGACAUUCUCCACCAAAUCAACAAACACUGGGAUGCGGAGACGGUAUAUCAAGAAACUAGGAAAAUCGUAGGAGCCAUGCUUCAACACAUCACAUAUAACCACUAUUUGCCCAAGAUAUUAGGUGACCAUGCCUUACCACCUUAUCACGGAUACACUAAUGUACACCCCGGUGUCCUUAACGCCUUUGCAACGUCAGCAUUUAGAUUCGGUCAUAGUAUGGUCAGACCAAAAUUUGCUAUGCUUGAUGCUAACUUUGACCCUGUUGCCCCGGAUGUGCCGCUUAUCAAUGCGUUUUUCAACAACAAGCUGGUACAGAGAGAAGGUAUUGAACCCGUGCUGCUUGGACUUCUAGCCAACGAAUCACAAGGUACAAACCGUGAGAUGGCUGCAGGACUAACAAAGCACCUCUUCCAGCAGCCGGAAUCGGAGCACGGGUUUGAUUUAGCGGCGCUAAAUAUCCAACGAGGUCGCGAUCAUGGUCUCCCAGGUUACGGAGCGUGGAGACGCGAGUGCAAUCUUUCCCAUGCGGACAUCUUUCAAGAAACGAGUUACGAAAUCAAAAACGCUACAUCGCGACAGAUUCUGCAUGACUUAUAUGAAGAUGUGGAAUAUGCCGACUUGUGGGUGGCGGGUUUGGCUGAAGACUCCCUCCCUGGGGCAAUAGUUGGUCCUACUUUGCACUGUAUUAUAAAGGAACAAUUUCGUCGACUGCGGGAUGGUGAUCGCUUCUGGUUUGAAAACAAAGGCCUUUUUACUGAAGAGCAAUUUGACGAGAUAAUUAAAACUUCACUAUCGCGAGUACUAUGCGACAACGUGUUCGGAAUCGUAUCUGUUCAGCGAGAUGCUUUCAUUGCCGCCACAGAUGAACUGAAACGGGUUGAGUGCACUCAGAUUCCUGGUUUGGACUUAAGUAAAUGGGAGCAAAAUCUACCCUCUCCUGCUGAAACAUCAGUUGGAACGUGGUCUGACUGGGCAUAUACCGUGAAGAAACCGACAGGCAGCUGGGCUGUUUCCAUAGCAGGUGACAUGUGUCCCAGCUCCGUGAUGGAUAUAGAAUGCCAGCUUGCAGAUGGCUCGUCAACUCAGUUGACAGGCCAGGUGAUCCACUGUAAAGAACGAGUUGGAGUGUAUUGUAGAAACAGCGAACAAACCAGAGACAGCGAGAUCUGUGCUGAUUAUCGCUUCCGAUUUCUGUGUGCCCGUAUAGAGAAACCUAUUUCUCAAGGACUAAGGCCUCUUGAAUCGACACUCUCUCAAACGAAACCGCAAACACAAUGCGACAUUGGGAGAUAUCCAAGCGACUUCCCCUUAACGUUUGAAGCCCUUCAGCACAUUACUAUUGCCGACGCCUACAACAACGAACCGAAUAGUGAGCACAUGCAAGCAGGCAAGAACAAGGGAGAGUCUAAGAAGCGUUUUCUGAUCUCUUUCGAUACAAAGAAGAUCACAAGACGUGCGAUUGUUCAUUCUGCCAAACUGUACCUUUUUCUCAUGGACUUUGGAGUCAGCUCUGUGGAAGAUGAAGCAGCGAGAUCGCCUUCGAAUUCUUUAGAGGUUUAUCAGAUCAUAAGCACGGACUGGUAUCCAGGGAAUACCACCAGCGUGAUACCAUGGCAUCAAGAUUAUUUAGGAAUAGGAAAAGAUGUAGCAAACAAUAGGCUGGCAGAGAGCGUAUACCUCCAACCUGGAAAUGCACAGCGAUGGAUAGAACUAGAUAUUCAGCAUGCGGUAAGGAACUGGCAAAUCAGAAAAGAGCCUAAUUAUGGACUUAUGCUGAAAGUCAAAAAGGAAUCCAAUGCUAAUGCAGUGAUGCAGUUUGCUUCAAGCGAUCACCCACUCAAACAUUUGCAUCCCAAACUUGUGGUGUGUCUUACUAUCCCUCCGUGGUAACUGACAUCAAGACAGGCUACCUGAAGACCGCUCUAAGGCCAUAGCUGGGGUUCAGUAGAAGAACUUGUGUUUUUGCACAUUUCUGCUAAUGUAUUUAACGAUUAUUAUCAUUUCAUUCAAUCAUGUGUUAUAAUGAUGACCACGUUUUCACGUUUUGUCACCUCUCUGGUGUUUAUAACCUUAAUAAACUGGUACUUUGGAGUU